AACGUUAAAUUCCACGGAUUUAGACAUAGAGUUUGCAUAAGGGCCAUAUUCCAUAAACAAAAAUACUGUCAUUGUCUCUGGAAACGGGAAUUCACCAAAAGUAUAUUUACAAAAAAGAUUCGUUGCGUACCGUAUUUACUCACUCUUGUAAAUUAUAUUCAUCAAAGAAUACAGUUACGUGGGAAAUUAUAAUACUACCUACGUUAUCGAAAAAAUAUAUAGGUAGGUAUAUAGUUUAAUGACAGUGCAAAACUAAAAGUAAUUAUAAACUAAAACUUAUUAAUACUUACAUAUAAAAAUUUUAAUAUUGUCAAAACAUAUUUAAACUUGUUUAUAAAUUUUCAGAAUGCCAAAAGUACAGUCAAAAACUAGAGGUCAAUUUGACAAGGUAGACGAAAGCGGGACCAAAGUACGGUGUAAAUUGUGUUCUGCCGUGCUAACAACUGGAGGCGGAACAUCAAAUAUGUUAUCACAUUUGAAAAGAAAGCAUUCGGAGAUUGUGAGUACACAAACAAAUUCUUCUAUAUCAUCUGGUGAUAACAAUGAUAGCGUAUCCACUAUAGAGCAGUCUCUUAGUCCAAAUUUUAAGGAAAUAGACGAAGCACUAACUUUGAUGUUAGCUACCGAUUUUCAACCGUUUUCGAUGGUGGAUGAUAAGGGGUUUAGAAACUUUGUUCGGCAUAUUAACCCAAAUUACAGAAUUCCAGAAAAACGAACGAUUCGUUACGAAUUAAUGCCCAAAUUGUUUAACGAAUUGAAAGCAAAGUUAAAAAGAAUCUUAUCUGAUAUUGAUAACUUGUCACUGACCACAGAUGUAUGGACAAGUAAUUCUAUGGAGUCAUACAUCACAAUUACUGUACACUUUUUUUAUAGAGAUGAUCUUAAAAGUUGUGUACUAACUACUACACUUUUAACAGAGUCACACACAGCAGAUCAUUUAAAAGAUGUUGUCCAUCAAAUAUUUACUGAAUGGGAAAUCCGGGAUAAAGUUAUUUGCAUCACGACAGAUAAUGGGGCCAAUAUAGUAAAAAUGGUGAGACUGUUAGGACUACGUAGCAUGCCUUGUUUUGCACAUACUCUAAAUUUGGUUGUAGAAUAUUCCUUAAAAGUUCCUGGAUUAAUUGAUUUGAUAGAAAAGUGCAAAAAAAUUGUUAAAUAUUUCAAAAAAUCUAAUAUUGCCACACUGACACUUCGCAAAGAACAAAAAGAAAGAAACCCAAAUGUAGAACCAUUACAAUUGAUACAGGAAGUUCGCACCCGCUGGAAUAGCGUUUAUUAUAUGAUAAAAAGAAUUUUAAAAUUAAUUGACAGUAUAACCGCGGCACAAAGAAAACUACCCCAAGCGCCUGAUAUAAUUAGUCCAGAAGAAGAGAAUAUUUUAAAAGAUGUAGUGAUUUUACUAGACAUAUUUGAGCAAGCCACUGAAAUGAUAAGCGGAGAUCAAUAUCCGACAUCUAGUUUAAUAAUACCGAUUAUUUAUGGGUUGUUUGAUAACAUUCAAAGUUUGGGCCCCAGAGUCUCCAUAACUGUCGGUACAAUAUUUCUGCAAACACUAAAAGAAAAUAUGAACAAUCAUUUAUUGGAUUACGAAUCUCGAACAGUUUGUCGCAUAUCUACCAUACUGCAUCCCGUUUUCAGGAAUAGCUUCAGACAUUUGAAUAAUAAAUUGGCUGCUAAAGAAGCCGUAAAGGCAGAAAUAAAUAAUAUUAUCCGAGUCAGAAACCUACCCCAAGUCACAGACAUAGACACGUUAAGUAUUGCAAGUACUAGCGACACAGGUCGCCCAGAUUUGCUAGGAUUUUUAAAAAAGAAUCUCAAUAAUGGAGGUAUCACGGCAGCCACAGCAAUCAACUUAAUAAAAAUGUACACGGAAACACAAUUUCCACAUAACAGCCAUAACUGGGAUGAUGUGGUUCAAUUUUGGAAAUUCAAUAAACAUUUGGAGCCUUUGGACGAAAUAGCGUUCAAAUAUCUAGCUGUGCCAGCAACUUCUGUUCGGUCUGAGAGAGUAUUUUCUACGACAGGACACAUAUUAAAUGAUCGAAGAAAUAUGUUGCGCCAUGAUGCAAUUGAUAUGUUAUGUUUUUUGAAUCAAAAUCAGAAUUUAUUAUCUUUAUAAUACAUAUGUAUAGAAAUAAGAUCCAGAGUCCUAUCAAUCUCCCAUUGUGUUUUUUU